UUGUCAAGUUGCAUAUAAAAUAAAUAGAAAAGUUUUUUUUUUAUUACCGAUUUGCAAAAAGCAUUAAUAAAACAUUAAUAAAAUAAAACAAUAUUAGAAUAUUACCUAAAGCUAUUUGUCAAGUUGAUAAGGAUGAAGAGCAUUGGUCCUAUAACCUUCCAAGUAUACCACAAGCGUAUGGUGAAUGUGCUGCUUUUAACUCUGUCCAGGAUGCUGGUCGUGUCCAGCUUUCUGGCGGAUGCCAUGUACAUCUGCCAAAACUGGCGACUGGAGCAGAGCAUUCUGAACAUUAACUAUGGAUGCGGGCGGAUUGCGGCUGGAGUGUGCAUAAGCCUGAUGGCGAUUGGACAAUUUGUUGGCUCGGCGCUGAUUGUGACCAGAAAGAUGAUUUAUGUGGGCACGGGUCUGCUUUGGCUGGCGGGUUACCUGCGGAUGGCCCUCAAUCCGACGCAGCGAAACCUCGCCAAGUAUUUCCAGGUGUGCAAUGUGAUCAGUGCCCUGAUGCUCAUAGUGCUGAGGUCUCGACGCACCGCCGUUGUCGCGUUCCUACUGCUUACCAUCUUGAACUGGAAGGAUAUGGAGCGGCAUCUGUGGAUCGUCUUCUACAAGUUCGGCGGGAAGCUCAUGGCUUAUCAGAAAAACUCCACCGUGGGACUGACGGGCCUACAGCAUGGGGACCUGCAAACCUUGGAUGAUCCGUCUUUGGCCUCGAAGGAAAGUUUCUGGCACAAAGUGUCCGUGGCUGGCGGAUUUAUCUUUAUUGUCGUGAAUGGCCAUCUGCAUAUCAUGUUUUAAACUGUCAGUCCAUUCAGA